AUGGAUUCCUAUAAAUUCCCAGAAGCAAGGAAGAGACUAAGUGAAAAAUCUCCCCGAGUGCUCAGAAAGCACGGCCACACUGAAAGCUUUUGGAGUUGUAGCUUCCACAGCUGUAGAGCUGUGAGGCGAUAUCUGAGCUACGCCAAACCCUACAGAGUGCCCAAGCAUCAAGAGGAGCAGGCUGUCAGGAUGAAUGUGUCUCUCCAAACCACUGAGGAACCCUUAGAGAAGGAAGAUGACCAACUGCAAAACCAGGAAGAGGAGCUGGAGUUUAAGGAACUGGAUGGUCUGAAGGAAGCCUUGGCAAAUCUCAGGGAGCUCUCGGAGGAAGAGAAGAGCGAGAAGGCGAUGCUUCGCUCCCGCCUGGACGAGCAGUCCCAGCUCAUCUGCAUCCUGAAGCGCAGGUCAGAUGAGGCCCUGGAGCGCUGCCAAGUCCUGGAGCUGCUCAAUGUGGAGCUGGAGGAGAAGAGGGUGGAGGAGGCUGAGAAGCUGAAAGCCCAGAGUAAGCAGGCCCAGAAGUGGGAGGAACGCUUUAUGACCCUGGCAGCCAAUCACGAGCUCAUGAUCCGAUUCAAGGAUGAACAUAAGCAGCAGAAUGUCAAGCUCAGAGAGGAGAAUGAGAAGUUGAGACUGGAGAACAAGAACCUCUUCAGUCAGGCUCUGAAGGACCAGGAGGCCAAAGUACUGCAGCUCACCAGCCAAAAAAAGAGCCUCACCAAAGAGCUGGAGAGCCUGAAGCAGAGGUGUGUUCAGGAUGCCAGCCAGGCCCAGACUCGAGAGAAGGAGCUGCUGGAGCUGCAGAGCCAGCAGGCCAGCAUCCACGCCAAGGAGAAGGAGCAGCUGCGCAGCCAGCUACAGAGCCUGGAGGAGCAGCACCAGCAGGCCCUGGAGCGCAUGGCCAAGGCUGAGGAGGCCCACAGCAUCCUGAGCCAGGAGCUGCAGACCAGGCUGCAGACCGUCACCCGUGAGAAAGAGGAGCUGCUGCAGCUGUCCAUGGAGAGGGGCAAGGUGCUCCAGAACAAGCAGGCGGAGAUCCACCAGCUCGAGGAGAAGCUGGAGGUUGCAGACAUUGCCAGGCGCCAUGCUCUAGAGCGGUUCGAGCAAGAGGCAGUGUUGGUGGACAGCAACCUGCGAGUCCGAGAACUCCAGCGCAAGGUGGAUGGGAUCCAGAGGGCCUAUGAUGAGCUCCGGCUGCAGUCCGAGGCCUUUAAAAAGCACAGCCUGGAUCUUUUAAGCAAGGAGAGAGAACUCAACGCCAAGCUCCGCCAUCUCUUUCCAUAA